AUGACGUCUUACAAAUUAACGUACUUCAACUUCACUGGACUGGGCGAACCCAUCAGAUUCCUGCUGUCUUAUUUGGAUAUUGAUUUUGAAGAUAACCGUAUUGAAAUUGAACAAUGGCCAUCAGUCAAACACACCAUGCCAUAUGGUACACUCCCUUUGUUGGAAAUCGAUGGUAAAGUAUUAAAUCAAUCUUCGGCCAUCUGUCGUUAUUUAGCAAAAAAGGCUAAUUUAGCUGGUAGCGAUGAUUGGGAAUCUUUAUUGAUAGAUAUUGCCGUUGACAAUUAUAAAGACUUUGCUCUAAGUUUGAAAUCUUAUUGGUUUGAACCAAAUGAAGAAACUAAAGCUGCAAAGUAUGUUACAUUGGUCAACGAAACUAUUCCAUUUUAUAUGGAAAAGUUUGAAAAAAUUGUCGGUGAAAAUAAUGGAUACUUCGUAAACGGAAAGUUAUCUUGGGCUGAUUUAUUCUUUAUAAGUGUUAUGGACCAUUUAAUAUACAGAUUAAAUAUUGACAUGUUUAAAGAUCGUCCAAACUUACAAGCGCUCCGAGAAAAGGUAUUGGCAGUACCCAAAAUUAAAUCAUGGAUUGAAAAACGACCAUUAUCGUUUGACAUUGCAUAA